CUCAGUCGUUUCUAAACGUCUGUUAAAGGCAAGGCCUAAUCGUAAGCUCGAGACCAGAGAGCGCUAAAUUAGUUGUGUGUUAACAGGAAGCAAGAACUUGUUCACAAUACAGGAUGUGGGUUUCAGACAUGCAAGUGGAAGAGGAAGAGAGGAGGGGUAGUGAGUGAGGGUGCACCUCAGAAUUCUGCUGUCUUCUACUUUCCACCAAGUGGUGGGACAGGUGUUUUGUGAGGGGACCAGACCAUCAGAGUCUUUUAUCACGUAGUCUGGAUUUGCUGGAGUGUAGAUCGCUUUUGAAGAUGAUAUGAAAGAGACAAAGAUGGAGUCGGACGAGAAUGAGGCUGAUUCAUCACUGGCCUGGUCUCCAGUACAGAGAGAUAGGCUCCUCACUUACGGAAACCUUUCAGACUUUGCAGGGAAGAAAAGGAAACAGGACCCAAGCAGUGAUGCUGAAAUUUCAGCCCGAGCCUCAGACGACUAUGAUGAAGAUGACUUUCCCUGUGAUAGUCUGCAAGACUCUGAGGGGCCUUGUAACAAAAGGGUGAAACCAGUGGACAGAAGUAGUGAAGUUACUGGCAUUAUAACACCAGUAAAGACCCCGGCACUGAAACGCUUAGGACAGUCCAUCCAGCGCUCUAUUAGCUUCCGUACAGAAGCCCGCCCGUUGCCCCCCAUGCCGAUCCGCACUCGUCAGAAGGCCUCCUCCUUCCCCCGGCGGCGCAGCAGCCAGCUGUGGAGCGACACAGUGGACAGCAUGAGCCAGGAUAUGAGUGCCAGGGAGAUUAAGAGACAGGAGGUAAUAUAUGAAAUGACUCAGGGAGAGCGACAGCUAAUAGAAGACCUCAGUUUAGUCAAGAAGGUUUACUAUGAGCCCAUGCUGAAACUGGACAUCAUGACUGAAAGUGAACUGGGGCAGAUUUUUGGGACACUUGAUUCACUGAUUCCUCUGCACGAAGAUUUCUUGGCGCGUCUGGAGAAGCUGCGAGGAUCGGAGAAGACUGUGGGGGAGGUGGGACCAACCCUGCUGGAUUGGUUUCCUUGCCUGGAGGCCUACAUCACCUACUGCUGUAACCAGGUAGGUGCUAAAGCUCUGCUGGACCAGAAGAAGCAGGUGCGGCGCGUGGAGGAGUUUCUGCGCCUGUGCCAGGAGUCAUCCUUCAGCAGAAAGCUGGACCUGUGGAACUUCCUGGACCUGCCCCGCAGCCGCCUGGUGAAGUACCCUCUGCUGCUGAAGGAGAUCCAGAAGACCACCCCGGCCGACCACCCAGAUGAGGAGACAUUGCCACAGGCUAUGGAGCUGAUCCAGAAUAUCAUCACUGAGGUAAACCAAAAGACCGGAGAGGCUGAGUGUCAGUUCUACAGGCGAGGUCUGAGCUACCCAGAGGAAGGCCAGAGAGUUUCUGAGAUUCAGGCUUCACGCUUCCUCUACUGCCAUGGGGAACUCAAGAACACCAAAGGACAGAAGCUGCAUGUGUUCUUGUUUGAGCGGGUGCUGGUGUUGACCCGGCCAGUAGUGCAGGACAAGGACGGCACGGUCCAGUUUCAGGUUUACCGCCAGCCUCUGCCUGCUGCCCAGAUCUUACUGGAAGACUUGCCUGAUGGAGAGGCCAGCAGCUCUGGAUCCUUCCGUGGUGCUUUCACUGGCAAUGACAAAGUGAAGAACUGCUUCCGUGUGAGCAGCAGAGGGCGCUCCACCAAGGGCCAGUCUCACAGCCUGCAGGCCAACGACUCCUUCAACAAGCAGCAGUGGAUUUCCUGCCUACGCCAAGCCAUCGUCCAAUCACGAGACAGAUUCUCUCAAGACAGCCAGUCCAAAGCCUCAUCCCGAUUAAGCCCAGACCCCGCCCUGGAUCACAUUGCUGAACUGAGCUUGAAUUCUGAUGUGGAGAUGCCAGACACAUAGGCCUGGCCUACCAGACUUCAAAUAACUUUGAGACAAAGCAAGCUUUCCCAUUUUACACACCCCCCACUCACACAUACACACACACACACACACAAAGAGACAUUAGCAGAUUGCAUACAUAGCAUACAUUUUUCUAAAGAGGAACAAUAUUUAUAUGAAUGUUUUCAGAUGCUGCAGUGCUGCAGUAAGUCAGCACUGAAGAAUGUCUUAAACUGGUUUGAGCUGGUUGAGUGUAUGAGUGAGUGCUCACACCUGUACUGUACGAUCCUUCUGCACUUCCACCGGUUUAAUGUGAUGCAGUUUGUAUUGUGUAUAAAUGAUAAUACAGAUGGGUGACAAAUCAACAGAAGAACCUGAAUGAACAAGAGGAAUAAGAUAACGUUGCUGUCACACAUAAACCUCAUACACUAUAUGUCCAAAUGUUUGAGGACACCCCUUGAAUGAAUGCAUUCUGCUCUUUAAGUAAGCUUAUCUAGUCCCAUUAGAGAAGGAAUAGAAUAUACAUCUCUGGGGCAGAUAAACAUGAAUCUAUUGGCACCGUUCUUAAAGCUGAUGUCUGUAAGUUUUGGGAUUUGGGGGAUUUAGGGCCCUCUCUGGUGAGAAUGGGUAAUUGCAUCGAGCAUGCGAGAGAAUCAUUUUAAACUGGGUGGGUGUGAUGCGGUCUCCUUUCAGAGCAGGUCAGAAACUGGUGAGGGAAAUGUCUUCAGAGAUGUCUUCUGAAGUCUCCAGUGCUCCACCAGCCGCAUGCGUUCAGUAAAACUGAGCCGUAUCCUCCUUUUAGAGGCUGUACAUGUGUGACCUAAGUAUGUAAAGAUGCGUGACGUGGGCAGAAGAACCCCAGUUUUUAGAAUUAAUAUAUUAGGCUUAGCAGGGAUGGUCGUUCCAGCACACUGGUACCAUUAAACACAAUGUUUUGUCCCUUCUCCACUUAGAAAUGCCUCUGCUUUCAGUUUAGAAACAAAAAAAUACGGACUGCCACUUUAAUGCCCUUAAUGCUCUUGAUUUCGGAAGUAACAAUGAAACAGCAGGUGUCCCAAUACUUUUGUCCAGAUAGUUUAGCUCCAACAUGGCAAAUUAAGCGGAGGAAAAAACUCAUCACUUUUAAUGCAGGUUCUAUUGGUCCAUUAAUCAUAAAAAUCAGACACAAUGUAAAGAAUAAAUGCCAGAUUUAUGUUAUGUCAAAAGAAAAAAGAAGAAAAUGUAGAGCAGGCCAGUCAUGAUAAUUAUUUUAAGAAAUUAUUGUACAAUAUAUGAACCUAGACUUAAUAAUUUGCUUGUCUUAUUAUCACCCAUUGUAUUUUUCGUGAUAAGAGACCAUUAACAUGGUAAAUCAAUAUGAUUAUUAUUAGAAAUAUAAUUAAAAUUAAGUGUUUGCUGGUAUUUUAAAGUGAAAUUUGCAAUUGCAUUAGUAUGCUUUAAUAUUAUACAUUGUAUCAGGGUUGUAAAAGGUCUUAUUACACCUAUUUCCUGGAGAAUAUGUCAUCCGUACAAUAUAUAGUUACAGGCCUAUUGGAGAUACAGGAUUUUUGCAUUGCAAUAAUGAUCAGUGCUGUAAAUGCUUCCAAAUAGGAGUGCUUUAUUAUACUGUCAAGCUAGUUAACAACCCAGUUUGCUUGUUAGUUUUGUAGUAUACAAUUUUCAAUAGACACACUUGACACUUGAUGUUUGGACCAAUAAGACAGGAUUGAAGUGCGAGGACAUUACAUGAUACGAUAUAUCACAAUUCUGUUAUUCUGUGAUAUAAUAUAUAUAUCACAGAAAUAAAUAUAUCACAAGACAAUUCUCUAAAAUACUACACGCCAUCUGUGUUACUGAAAAGUCCUAAAUAAGCAAUAGGAAUUACGGCUUUAUUGGUGUCAGUUUCAAAGAAUUGGACAACAAAUAUUCUUUACCACAGGUUUACUCUAUUUAUUUGAUUAGCGCCACCAUGUGGAGUAAUGAAGCUGUAAGUUUACUAAGUAGAAUUAGGUAGUCUAGUUUAAAAAAAAAAAAAGGUCAAUAUUAGAUGCCAUGUGUCUAUUAUGUAUUGCAAACGAUAUAGAAAACCAUAUAUCACAAUAUCGAUAUUUUGUCCCACUUUUAAUUAUUUUUGGGGAUGGAUUGCAAUCUGACUAGUGUUCCAGUUAAAACAGAUACUAAAGUGACGUGAUAGCAAAGAUAUCAGCAAACAGCUUUGAAAAUUGUGGUUAAAAACAUACAUUUAAUAACAUUGAUGCUCAUCCGUUUGUGUGAUAUGUAAGGAAAAACAUGACUAAUAGUUUCUCAGGAUGUGGAAACAGGUGAUUUGUUAAUCAUUCCACAAGUGGGCGAGUUCAUUUGUGGCAUAUACAACUCGAAUGUUUAACCCUUACAAAGUCAAUAUAAAAAAGUUAGUUGGUUUUUAUUUAUUUUAUUUCAAAAACUUUCCCCAUUUUUUUCCCCAGUUUACACUGCCAGUUACCCAACCUACUCAUUAGGACUCCCCCUAUCACUAAUAAUGCCCCAACACCAGGAGGGUGAAGACUAGCACAUGCCUCCUCCUAUACAUGUGAAUCAGCCACCGCCUCUUUUUCAAACUGCUGCUGAUGCAGCACUGCCGAGUAGCAUCACAGCGCUCUCGGAGGAAAGCACAGCAACUUGGUUCUGAUACAUCAGCUCACAGAUGCCUUGUGCUGAUCGACAUCACCCUUUGAAGUGAUGUGGGGAGAGAGCGCCAUCUACCCACCCAGAGAGAGUACAGGUGCUGGUCAAAGAAUUAGAAUAAUUUGAAAUAGUGCAAUCAUGAAAUUCUUUGAAUGCAUUUUUUGUGCAGAAAGCAAAUCAGGUGUUCACCGCACCUGUCCUACUCGUUAGACUAAUCACAGAACUCGUUACCUGGAAAAUUUAAUGUUCUUUGGCCCACUUCAGCCGUUUCUCCAUUUGUUUCUUGUUCAGCAUCGGUUUUACUGCUGGAACGCGAGAUUUGAAGCCGAGUUCGCGCAGACGACGGUAAGUGGUUGAUCUGGAGACGUCAGCGCCGGUCUGCUUGUUCCACAAGUCGGUGAGCUCGGAAGUGGACUUGAACCGGUUGCUGACUGCGAUCUUUCUCAGCUGCUUGUUGUCGCGAGCAGAAG